AUGUCCACAGAACACUCUCAAGACACAGACAGCGGUAUCAUUAGUGGACAUACAUCUCGAACCACCACCCCAGAACAACGAGUCCAGCUAAACAAAUCUAGCACUGAGUCAGCGUCUAUACCCAGCAUUGCUGUAACAAGUAUGGGAGGCCAAGUAAGCUAUGUUAAGUACGUUUUGCAAAGUCAACAUUAUCAGAUGUCAGAUCUAGAUGAGGUAGAUGACGAUUUCGAAGAGUUGUAUAGCAAGCGCCAUCCAAACCAGAUGUUGGGCAGCCGUAGCAGUUUGGCUGACAGCAGGGAGAGUAUCUACAGUGUUUACAGUGACGCAGGGGAGAUGAACUCUGGCCGUGUCACUGUCACAGGGGAGAUAAUGUUCUACAUGACCUACUGCAACAAGACCAGCACUUUGGAAGUGCACGUGAAACAAUGCAGGGAUCUGGCUCCCGUCGACAUCAAACACAACAGAUCAGAUCCGUACGUGAAAACAUACCUGCUUCCCGACAAAAGCCGUAGCAGUAAGAGAAAGACACGGAUCAAGAAGCACACACUCAAUCCUGUUUUUGAUGAGAUUUUAAAGUACCCGGUGAGCAGUGCAGACUUGGCCUCCCGCUCUCUGUGGUUGUCCGUCUGUCACAACGAUCGUCUAGGCCGCAACGACUUUCUAGGGGAGGUCACCGUACCGUUAGACUACUACAGAUUUGACGAGAACACACCGCAGUGGUUUCCCUUGCAGGAACGAACAACCAGCCAGGAACCUAUUAUGUUCUACAAAGGGGAUCUGUUGAUCGCAUUGAAGUAUGUCCCUGCUGACAUGGUUGAGGCAGCCCCUAGAAAGAAAUCCAAACCCUUGAGCAAAAGGGUCAAAGAGCGAGAGAAGCCAGAAUCUGUCCUUGGGGAACUCCACGUGCUGGUCCGAGAGGCAGAGAAUCUAACAGCCAUGAGGGGGUCGGCGGGAUCCAACCCCUUCUGUAAAGGCUAUCUGCUGCCAGACACGUCACGCUCCAGCAAGCAGAAGACGCCUGUUAUCAGGAAGACCACCAAUCCGGAAUGGCAGCACAUGCUGGUCUUUGGCGGAGUCGACCAGGCUGAGCUCCACGAGCGUGGUCUUGAGCUGACAGUUUGGGACCACGACAAGUUGUCCAGCAACGAUUUCUUGGGAGGAGUCCGUCUCAACUUGGGACACGGUUUACAUCAAGGCAAACCCGUAGACUGGAUGGAUGCCAGAGGAGAGGAGAUAGAAGCCUGGCAAAGCAUGAUAGAUCAGCCCAACGAGUGGAUAGAUGUACAGCUGCCUCUGCGAGCUAGCAUGGGCAAGAGAAACGUUUAG